AUGUUCUGAUUCCUAUCCAAAAUUAAUAUAAACACUCUGUGUGAGUUUGUUCUCAUCAAAGGGAGUGUUGGCUUGACGUUCUGGGGACGACCCAAGUUUCUCCAAAUGGAAUUGAGUUCCAUAGAAAAUUCAUGAGAGACCUUGCCGUUCAGGAUGGGAUGGAGAAACAAGUAAUUGACGAGAGAGAGAGGGAGAGAGAGGGGGUCAUGGAAGAAGAGUCACAAGUCUUCGUAGAGGAAGAUGAGUGGGAAACUCAAACGCCUCCGUUGAAUUAGAUUCUUUAGAGCAUCUGGGAAUGGGGCACAAAAUCAAAGUCUUUGCAGUCAAUUGACAGCCAAGCGUGUUUGAUCAAAUUCACCCAUUCACCAUCUCCACGCAUAAUAUAUUAGUUUUGGGAUCUUCUUCACUUUAUGAUUCUUAAUCCACCCCCCAACUAGUUGCCGUGGCCGUUUGGGUUGCCCAGAAAAUCCAGAUGUCUCUUCCUAUCGUUCUGUUUCUGUCCUUGUAUUCCCUAUCACAUCUGCAGCUUCUUCACUCUGUUUCUGCUCAUCCAGAGGACAGCAAUAGCAAUAGCAAUGGCAACAGCAACUGUCCCAAGUCCUUUGGCUGUGGAAAAUUCGGACCUCUGUAUUUUCCGUUGACUAAUGAGAUUUAUUCGCAGUGCGGCCUCUGCACAGUGAUCUGCGUUGAAGACGAUCGUCGACAUGCGGUCGUCAUGUCUCUUGUCAGCGAACACUUCUCUUUCACUAACAUAGCCCAAAUCUCAUCCGAGGCCAACGGUAGGAGCAGGAUUAAACUCAAUGACAUAAGCUUCAAAGCUGAUUUAGAUGCCAGAAAUUGCAGAGCCUUGAGGAAUUUGAGUUUACCCAACUCUGCUUCUCUUUCAUUCUCCAUCCCUCACAAUCUCACCCUCUUCCAAUGCAACAGAAUCUCCUUUUCAUCUAGCCCUCCCACGGAUAAUCACUAUUUCAACUACAAAGGCUGCGAUGAUCAUAAUUAUAUUUACUACUACAAGUAUCCACCACAGCCUGAUAAUGUUUCUCAUUCUCAAGCUCAACUUUUCCAAGGCUGCUCCCUGAUUCAGCUGCCUUUAACUUCAGACGAAUUUGAACCUGGCGAUGGUGGCGACCUAUUCGAACUACUGACUGCUAGCUAUUACGUCGAAUUGCAAGCGUCCGAGAAUUGCCUAAAAUGUCACCGCAGAGGAGGCCAAUGUCAGGAUAUCAACCAAAAAUUUCAUUGCACGGCCAAAACAGGAGGGGUAAACGUCAAACUGAUCAUCAUCCUUAUAGUCACUGGGGGAGCUAUUGCUAUUUGCUUGCUUCUAUUCGUUAUCUAUGUCUGCCAAAGGCGUAAGUGCUUCGCCUCAUAUUUCCGAUGGAGGAGCAUUUGUUCGGAUCCUUCUCCGAAAGCUGAUAUUGAAUAUAGCGGUAUCUUCUUUGGAGUUCCUGUCUUCAAAUACGCUGAACUUGAACAAGCAACAAACAAUUUUGAUGCUUCUAGUGAGCUCGGAGAUGGAGGUUUUGGCACUGUCUACCAUGGGGUACUCCAAGAUGGAAGGGAAGUGGCGGUGAAACGCCUAUACGAGCACAACUCCAAGCGGGUGAUGCAGUUCUUGACUGAAGUCGAAAUCCUAACCUGCCUGCGCCAUCCCAAUCUUGUUUCCCUCUAUGGCUGCACUUCGCGCCACAGCAGGGAACUCUUGCUUGUUUACGAGUACAUUCCUAAUGGCACUGUGGCCGAUCACAUCCAUGGCGACCGAGCCAAGGAUGGCUUGCUCACAUGGCCUAUUCGGAUGAGCAUAGCCGUAGAAACUGCCAGUGCAUUGGCUUAUCUCCACGCUACUGAUAUCAUCCACCGUGAUGUCAAGACUACCAACAUACUACUUGACAACUAUUUUUCUGUCAAAGUUGCUGAUUUCGGGCUUUCAAGGCUCCUCCCCACCGAUGUCACCCACGUUUCGACAGCUCCACAGGGCACUCCCGGCUAUGUUGACCCGGAAUAUUACCAAUCUUACCAACUCAAUGACAAGAGUGAUGUCUAUAGCUUUGGGGUUGUGCUCAUUGAGCUCAUAUCAUCCAUGCCUGCUGUUGACAUUAACAGGCAUAGGAAUGAGGUUAAUUUGGCUAGCUUAGCAUUAAACCGGAUCCAAAACCGCAGAUUCAAUGAGCUUGUCGAUCCCUCUCUCGGGUUUGAGUCAGACUCUUCAGUGGAAAGGAUGAUUACCUCAGUGGCAGAGGUGGCUUUUCGAUGCCUACAACUCGAAAAGGAAAUGAGGCCGAGCAUGAAUGAAGUUUUAGAGGCUUUGAAGGAAAUUCAACAUUGAGGAGAAGAACAACGGGGAACAAAUUGACAAUUCAGAGCCCUUAAGUCAUAGAUGGCCUCAUCCUUCCCUUGAGGGUGAUGAUGUCUCGCAGUUGAAUAUUGGCGGGGUGCCACCUUCACCUGAUUCUGUGGCCAAUGUUCAUGAAUGGGUUAGUAGCUCUACCACAUCCAUUUCUGGUCGCUAAGAUUUCAUUUUUCAAAACCCAAAAGAUAGGAUUUUAGUUCACGAGACUCGUGCUCAUGUCUGAGAGGUGAGUUUGAUUUUGUGUUCUUAUCAUGUUGUCUUUUGAUGUUGUUAAGUAUCAUAUGAGGCAAUUAUUAUUAUAAAGCUCUAAUAUGUAUAAGCAGAUUUAAUUGUUGGAGAUUA